CCUCCGGAAGCCCUGCCCGCCCCACUCCCGCCUGAUCGAGUACCCGGCCACGCGCCGGGGCUGGGCUCCCUUGCUUCUGCCCGUCUCCCAAGAAGUGGGCAGUGGGUGCCAGGAGGCACCUGGAGAGCGGAAGGAGGUGGGGUUGGAGACGCCCCCUCCCCAUCUGAAACAGUGCUAACUUCGCCCGAUGAGCCCGGUAGCCUCGGGGUGCACUGGCACGUCCCCGAACCGCGGCAUCCCGGCCCACGCGCACCUGGCCUGGACCAGAAACCCUGCACAGUGAAAAAAUCUCCUUCGUGAUGGGCGAUACAGUCUCCAAGUUUGGCUCUCAGAAUGGUGAAAGCAAAUGUAUCCUGUCCCAGGCCUCAGCUGUUGGUAGUGAAGCCUCCAGUUAUUCUAGUAUCAACGGCAGCAAGUCUGUUCUGUCCUGUGUGCCUUGUGCGGACUCAGCUGACUCAAGCUUUGUGACCUGCCCCACCUGCCAGGGGACAGGGGAGAUCCCAAGUGAGCUGGAAAAGCAGCUGGUGGCACUCAUUCCAUAUGGGGACCAGAGGCUGAAGCCCAGGAGAACGAAGCUCUAUGUUUCCGUGGCUGUCCUCACCUGCCUGCUGAUGUCAGCCCUCAUCUUCUUCUUUCUGUUCCCCCGCUCCAUCGUGGUACAGCCAGCUGGGCUAAGUUCUUCAGUGGUGGCCUUUACUGCUGACACCAUCCUCCUCAAUGUGACGAAUAUCCUCAACAUUACCAACAACAACUACUACCCUGUCACUGUAACCCAGCUCAGCAUCGAGGUCUUCCACUUGUCACUUGUCGUGGGACAGAUGGAAGAAAGCAACCUUUUGCACAUUGGCCCUUUGAGCAGUGAACAGAUAUUGUAUGCAGUCACCAGCAAGAUAACUGAUGAAAACACACACAACAUCUGUACCUGGUCGAGAAUCAAAGUCCACAAUGUACUUCAGCACAUACAGGGCACCCUGACCUGCUCCUACCUGAGCCAUACAGAACAACUGGCUUUCCAGAGCUACGACUAUGUGGACUGUAGGGGGAACACAUCACUCCCUCGCUCACUGGUCCCUCACCCACCAUGAUGUCACCUGCUGCCCACAGCUCCCUGAUCUCCUGCCUUCCUGUUUUUGCCUUCAUCUGCCAAAGGACUGGAUUGCACCGAUUAUUUUUUUUUUUUGUCCAUGAAUGAAGAGCCCAGCUUUGUUCUUCUUUCCCCACCCCCGGAUUGCCUGUGGAAACAAGGUCCUGGCAGUGCCAGGAGCUGCUGACGGUGAUUCUAACCUGUCUCAAGGGCCUGUCACCAGACCAAAUAGUACCCAGGAGAAAAGGCUGGCCUAGGGUAUUCUCCAUGUCAGGGUCUCUGUCCCAGUGGCAACUCCUCAUCCUGUUCCCCCACAGAAAAACACAGAGGUUUACUGUCCUUCACACUCUUCCAAACUUUUUUUUUAACCAAAUUUCUGCGCUGAGAUGAAGACACAGUGGUGGUUAGGUUCUUAGUUGUAUGUAGAGACAGUUGUGGUAUUUUUAGCAUGUGCACUUUCAGUUUGCUCCUUCCUGCUAAGUCAGAAGGAGGGUGUUGAGGGCCUAAUAUACCUCAGACUAUGGAGAGUUAGGGAGCCCCUCUUUUUGGUAGAAUCAUGUGCCUAUUAAAAAGUCUUGGUAGUGGAUCUUGGGAAAAGUUAAAAGACCAAAAACAUAGUUACUCAUAUCUGUUGGAUUAAAAGAGAGACGCUAUGAGUUUUCUUACUGUUAACCCCUGCCCUGUGUCCUGGAGCAUGUGCUAGAAACCCCUAAGUGCUGAAUCAUGUGAGAGGAUUAAAAUGAGAGUACAGCUGGGACCUGUCUUUCCCCCUAGUACUUUGUACUCUGUCAUCAAAGGAGGUAAGCUGGCCAGUUACUCCCUGCACCCAGGCUGCUCAGCUCUGAGGAGGGUGAUCCAGAUGUGUUCUACACAAGCUGCUGGUUCCUAACUGCCCAGUAUUCCUCACUAAGGGGAAUGGGACUCCUCCACUGCUUUUAAAAAUAGCCAUAUUCACACUCUCUGAAGCCGGUGAUAAGAGUCAGUCAUAAAAGGCUCAAGGACCAGGGCUCCCCUGGGGUUUCCACAAAGUACAGGCUUUCAAACUAAUGCUGAAGCCACUUUCAGAAUACAAAAGGGAGGCCUCCUGGAUGAUGACAAGCAAGCAUGCAGGUCUGUGGUCUCCUUGGUGGGUUUCUCUCUGUUCUCUUUGAGAGGCUAACCUCAGUGGUAAAGAUGGGAGUUUUACUGCCACUGACUAGCCCUUGACCUGUUACUGAACCUGCCAAAUAGAGAAAGGAUGUCAUGGGUUGUUUUGUGUUUUUUUGGAGGGGAGGAGGGAUGGGUGGAUCCUUCUUCAAAAGGGAUUUGUCAGAUCAUGAGGCAGGACACAAGGCACUGUUGAAGACAAUCUUCUCAGAAACGUCUGAGUUAGUCCUUUGCCUUACAUCAGGGCUUCCCUCAGGCUCUUCAGGGAUCAGCUUUUCCAGAGACUUUUUGACAUUAUGAAGUUGGGGGCUG